CGAUACUUAUUUGAAAAUAGAAGAAAAACCGGCUUUUUCAGUUCAAUCACUUGACGAAUUUUAAACAAGUUUUUCUCAUCUUGACCAAAAAUAUCUAACAACCAAGCAAAGAAAACAGUAAGUUAAAUUAUAUUGUAAUGGAAGUAUCGACUGGAAACGAUAUUGAAAAUAUCAAUGUCGAUGUGGAGCAUUUAGAUGAAUCGAGUCCCGAAAAGGAAACUCCAACUUCACUAAAAGAAAAUCCUUCUCCUAAACACAAAUUCCUCCGUUUGCCGUUAGCCAGAGUAAAGGCUAUGAUGAAAAUGGAUCCAAAUUGUACUGUGAUAUCACAGGAUUCAGUGUUCCUGGUGACAAAAGCUACUGAGAUGUUCAUUGAAUAUCUGGCAAAAGAAGCCGCAAAGCCAGUUAUAACUGGUAAGCGUAAGACGAUGAUGAAAAAAGAUGUUGAUUCUGCCAUCGGAGCAAUUCCUCAUUUGUGUUUUUUAGAAGGAGCAAUCGAAUAACUAGUUAAAUUUGAAACUAAUAGUUUAUGUGUUCAUUGUUUAAUUUAAUAUGUCAUCUAAUGAUGUCUGUUACCAACUCAAAGAUUUAAUUUAUUAUAUAUUUUGGCAUUAAAAGCA